CGCGCCGAACGCGCCGACGACGAAUUGCCACUGACCACAUCACUCUCACCUUGCCUGGUAGCACCCAACAUGGCACCAGACAGCCAUGACGAAUGGACGACAAGCGGGACGACCUCUACCCAUACCGAUAGGCCCACUGGCAGACGACCGCGAUAUGGCUCCGAGUCUGAUGCUCAAGAGAUGGUCAUUCAGUCUCUACGUACCCAAAUACAGGAUCUGUACUCCCAAGUAACAGAGCUAAACACCAAGCUCGUAAAAUCAUACGACAGAGUAUCAGAUCUUGAGGAUGACCUCCACGUUACCUCCACCAAUUUGCGGUCGUCGACGCUGAAACUAUCAGAGCUCGAAUUUGAAAGGACUCAACAUCUCUCCGCUCUGAAUACGGGUCUGCUGGUGGAAAAGAGCAAUGUUACUGCCGAGCUAAAUCGUUUGAUGGAGAAGGCGACGGAGGAGGCAGCACAGCGUGGCCAAGCUGAGACAGCGCGGGCAACAAUUGAGAAGGAAUUGGAUGAUCUCAGUGCGAGCCUCUUCGAUCAGGCCAAUACGAUGGUUGCCGAGGCGCGAUAUUCCAAGGCGCUCAGUGAGCAGAAGGUCGAGGAAGCUGAGAUUGCGUUGAAAGGUGCUGAGGAGGCCGUCGCAGUCAUGCAGCAGCAAAUGCAGGCGCUCCAGGCCGACAAGGAAGAGGCCGACAAACGUGCGCUGGAAAUACGGGUCUCGAUGGGUAAAGGGAAAUGGGCAGAGCGACGUGAAGAUGGCUCCCUGUGGCGCCCGCUGCGCCUUAUCUGCUCUCACCUCCCGUACCAGGAGUUCCUCUUGUUCGUGGCUCACCUGCGCACUCUUCAUAUCUCCACCCCGACACCGCCAACAAUGUCCACUCUUCUUCCGCUUCCAUUCAUUGCUCGCCUCUUGUCGGAAGACUCAGAACCUGCUGUCCGCCUUGAUCUCGCACCUUCGUUAAACUGGCUAUCGCGCCGCUCAGUUCUUGCUGCCAUCUAUAAUGGGCAGCUUACAAUUGAACCCAUCUCAUCUAGUUAUUUAUUGCAAGAUGCGUUCUUAAAUGCACCUUCUAUCUCUGGUCUUAGCAGUAACAAUAUUGUCUGUGCAUUAUGUGGAGAGUCUGUCUUCCCCAAUUCCGAGUCGCGACCAUCUGGCUCUGGCUCCUGGCCGUCUUCCCUGUUUAAGAAACCGCUGUCUUACACUUUGAAUGGUUCGAAUGGUUCAAAUUCCGUCCCACCUUCUCCCAAAACUGCGAAACCUGCUCAAGUUCACAUAUUCAGAGUCUCAUCAUCAACGUCUCCAUCAUCGGCUCUUCCUAACCUCUCCAUCCCUACAGCUUCUUUCAUAUCGACAUCUUCACAAUCGCAGGCAAGUGGCUCUGCCAUCAACCAUCACUCCAAUGGUGGUACCCAAUCAACAACUGCAUACGCUCUUUGCACCAGCGGCUGGUGUCUCAUGCGGUUGCGACAGACAUGCACUUUAUGGGCAUUCGUUCGCACAGGCAUUGUGGAAAGAGUAUGGGAAGAGGAAGUCCCGGCAUUACCUCCCCCACCGAUACCAACUGCGUCGAACGGCGACAAGCCCCCGGUUCCACCACGACGCAGGGGACUUUGGGGUAUGGCUAGCGCUCUUGGCGAGAGGGCGGUGAGCUGGAGCAGCGACGACAAAGAAAAGAAGAAACUCCAACAGGAGAAGGAAAAGGAAAAGAAAUUUGACCUUACGUGGGAGCGGGACCAAGCAAAGGCCAUGGCACAGAAUGAAAAACUGCGAGGCAAGAAGUUCGCACCGCCACCUGUGCACCCGUCCUUAUCCGCUGGUCCCAAAAGCCCGCCAGUAGUCGCUCCAGCUCCUGUCCCGCCGCCAUUGCCUAGACGAAACGACCGACGUCCUGUUCCACCGCCCCCGCCAACGGCAGCAAAGGAAGUGGAGCCGCCUACAUUGGAGCGCCCCCAAACGCCGACCCGCGUACCUCUUCCCGAGUCUAGACCCGCUACCCCCGCUACCCCGGCUUCCCCUGCAGCACCUCCUCCGCUCCCUCGAAGAGCUGCUGCGCGUGGGGCGCGUCCCUUGCCCGGAUCGAGGCCAGGUACACCAAAGUCUGAAGGAGCAGCAAAGGAGAAAUCAGAGGAGAAGGAGAAGGAGAAGGAGAAGAAAGCGCAGGACAACGAUCGAGAGAACGAGGAGUCCGACGCUAAGAGGGACGAGAAAGCAGAGACCGAAGUAGGGAAAGAAGGCGAGAACGUAGAGAAAGAGGUUGAAGAGUCCACAGCAGAAGAGCGGCCUUCUGUUCCUUCUGAGGUGCCAACAACUGAACCUGUAUCUGCCUCAGAGACCGUGACUGAACCCUAUGAAACGUCGGGAUCUGAACCAGAACUCUCUAGCGCAGUUGAGGUGGAAGAGAGCCCCCCUACUACUCUCAUUUCGGAAGGGGCUGAACAGGCAAGGCCGUCUAGCUCGGAAAGCAUUGAAAGCGACACACCCUCUUCACCUACGCCUUCGCAUGUAUAUGGAAAGGUAGAGCUCGAAGAUCGAAACGUGUCGGCUGGCUAUGAUGACGAACAAGAACGGUUCGAAACACCGGUCCAGUCUGUAUCUGAAUCCGAUGAUGGGAAGGAGGAACCAGAGGAUGAAACUAAAGAGGUGUACAUAGGUGAUACGACUUGGGAAGAGAGGACUUGGAAAGAGUUGAUACGGAUAAAAGAGGACAUGUUCUGGGCGCGUGUCGGUGGAUUGAGGUAGUAUUAUUAUACACAAAGGCUGCUUUGGACUUCACCUACCACUUCCUUGCGCGUUCUCUAGAGCUACCUAGUUAUUUAACGACUACACUUUUCUUUCUUUGGAAUCAUGCUUAGUCUAGAACCUCAUAAAGAUACCCUCCAUCCAUGUGUCCGUCUUCGACCUGGUUAUGUACAUUACAUCACUUAUUUCUGCUUCACCCAUUCU